AUGGUUCGCAUCAACACCUUCGCCGUGGCUGUCGCCGCCAUCAUCGGUGUCCCCAUGGUCGAGUCUCACACCUGGGUUGAGCAGCUCAACCGCGUCGCUGCCAACGGCACUCUCGUUGGUCCUGAUGGCUUUUCCAAUGGCUGGGCUGGUCGUCUCAACGGCUUCAACGACGAGCGAUACACUAUGCGCAUUCCCGGAAAGGGCUUCGACCUUUGCCAGCAGUCGAUGCCCGGUAACCAGCCACCGGAGUUUCCGGUCUUGACUGCUGCUCCUGGCGACUUCGUUUCUCUUCGCUACCAGGAGAACGGCCAUGUCACUCAACCGAACACGCCUCCACAAAAGCCCCUCAACCGUGGUACUGUCUUCAUCUACGGCACCUCCCAGCCUAAGUCGAACCCCAGCGUCUUCGACAUUCACCGCCAGUGGACUGCUGACGGCAAGGGUGGCGAUGGCACUGGUCGCCUCCUGGCCACCCGCAACUACGACGAUGGCCAGUGUCACCAGGUCAACAAUUCGCCCAUUUCUCAGGAGCGUCAGGAAGACACUGAGCAUGCAGCCCUCCAGCCCAUGGGCGUCAAUAUUUGGUGCCAGACAGCCUUCCAGAUCCCCGAGGAUCUGGCCCAGAACUCCGAGUACUCCGUCUACUGGGUCUGGACCUGGCCUACUCUCAAGGCGGAUGCCGUCGACAAGUCCACGAAUGGCCAGUUUGCCGACUUCCCUGUUGGCUUCACGGAGGACAAGCGCGCUGCCACCUCUGAGGAUAUCGAGGUGCCUGAGCUCUACUCUAGCUGCUCCACUAUCAAGGUUCAGGGUGAGAAGCUUGUGGCUGGUAUCAAGUCUGCUUCCAGCUCCAACGAUCUGUCUGCGUUCACGUUCCCCGACAAGACGGACUUCAAUUUCAAUGCCAUCAAGGACCAGCUCGCCAAUGCCUUCUUGGUCAGCGUCGACGGCCAGGCUGCCCCUGUCAACUCGGCUCCCAACGGUACUAAGAGCAGCACUCCGGUCGCUACUGGCACUCCGACUCCCACCGUUCCUUCUGGAGUCGCCCAGGGCACCAACCAGGCUCGAGUUCUCACUGUCUCUGCUCCUGCUAUGACUCUGUACUCGUUCCUCACCGUCACCCUCGAUGCCCAGACUCCCGCUCCAACUCCCACUAGCGGUCAACAGUCUGCUGAGGCUAGCGUCACCCCUUUCCUCCACGGCCGUCAUGUCAGAGGUAGAGACUCUUGGAACUUCGGCCAGGGCAACUAA